AUGGCUUCUGAACACAAGGGAGAAGUGGAGGAUCCGAUGCAGACCAUCAAAGAUCUGACAUCAGGUGCUGUUGGAGGAAUUGCACAGGUUCUUCUUGGACAACCCUUCGAUAUUGUCAAAGUUCGAUUGCAAACGACGACGCAUUAUUCUAAUGCCUUGGACUGUGCUACAAAGAUAUUUGCGAAAGAGGGCCCACUCGCAUUCUACAAAGGGACACUGACCCCAUUGAUUGGUAUCGGCGCAUGCGUAAGCGUUCAAUUUGGAGCGUUUCAUGAAGCCCGUCGCUAUUUCGAAAGAAUGAAUGCCCAGAAGGGAUCAAAGGAUCCUCAUCUAUCUUACUCUCAGUAUUACUUGUCUGGUGCUUUUGCAGGAAUUGUCAACUCCGUGAUUUCUGGCCCGAUUGAACACGUCCGUAUCAGGCUCCAAACCCAACCUCAUGGAGAAGGGAGACUUUAUAAUGGGCCUCUAGACUGUAUAAAGAAAUUGUCAUCUCAAGGAGGACUAUUCAAUGGCCUUUAUCGUGGAGAGGCGGUUACCAUUCUUCGUGAAGCGCAAGCGUAUGGAACUUGGUUCCUUUCCUUCGAGUACAUGAUGGACUGGGAAGCCAGGCGAACAAAUACCAAGCGUGAAGAUAUCCCUGCUUAUAAAAUAGCAGGAUAUGGUGGAUUGGCUGGUGAAAUGCUCUGGCUUUCAAGUUAUCCAUUCGAUGUGGUCAAGAGUAAAAUGCAGAGUGACGGUUUUGGGGAACAGCAGAGAUACAAAAACAUGAGAGACUGCUUUAGACAGACACUCGCACAGGAGGGGAUGGGAGGGUUUGUUAAAGGAAUUGCUCCAACUCUGCUUAGAGCUGCACCCGUGUCAGCUGGUACUUUUGCAGCUUUCGAACUCACCAAGAGAGCCUUGGGAUAA